AUGAAAUAUACGCCGUUUAACGUGAUUGAAAUUGAGCAAAAAGCAAAACAGACUAUGUCAUCACCAACUGAACAACUGUUCAUCACUUGGGGACAGAUAAAUCAUAGAGUGGAGGAACUAUUUAUACUUCUUCAUCGCAUGAAGCACGUACCGGCUCUGCGGUGCCUUGCGCCCGUGGUCGACAGCAGGUUUCACAGGUUGCUCAGUAAACACGAAAAUAAUAAAGAUGGUAGUUCAAAAGACUCUGAAGGUGAUGACCCAGAAAACGGGAACCAAGAGACCGCUAAAGUUGAUGGCAGGAACACAUCGUUGCCACUUCCAGUGAUGUUGCUUCAAAAGGGUAUAAACUUCAUGCCGAGUAAAGCACAAAACGGCGCAACAGUGAGCAACGAUGAGUCUACCGACGAAUCGAGCACGAAUAACACCUCGACGAGCGAGGCCAAGCCGACCGGUUUCGACGACGAGCUCCUCAAAAAGAUAUCGGCAAUACCCAUGAUGCAGUACGAAGAGCUGAAAGUGGCGACGGACAACUGGAGCGAGAGCAAUUUGCUCGGCAAAGGCGGCUUUGGGCAGGUGUAUAAAGGAGUGUGGAAGCUGUCAGCGGUGGCCGUUAAACGUCUGCGUAGCAACGACGGCCGGAGCAACAGGGAGCUGAUAGGGGAAAUGUGUCUCAACCAGUAUCGGCACGACAACAUCCUACCCCUAUACGGGUACAGCCUGGGAGGUCCAGAGGCGUGCUUGGUAUACCAGUAUAUGGCGGGCGGCUCUUUGGAGCGGAGGCUCCGAUGUAAAACCGAGCACCCUCCCCUCACUUGGUGGCAACGCUACAAGAUCGCGCAUGGUGUUGCCAGAGGUCUGCAGUACCUGCACACGAUGGCCGGCACGCCGUUGAUACACGGCGACAUAAAACCUGGCAACAUACUCCUGGACCAGUGCAUCAUGCCGAAGAUCGGGGACUUCGGGCUGGCGAGGAAGGGGCCAUACGGCGAGGAGAGGACGCAUUUGAAGGUCUCCAGGGUCCAUGGCACCCGUCCCUACUUGCCCGACGAGUACCUCCGCUCCCACUACCUGUCUCCGGCUGUGGACGUGUUCAGCUACGGCGUGGUGAUGCUCGAGAUGGCCACCGCACUCCCGGCAAUGGACAGGUCCAGGCCCGCCCAGCUGCUGAGCGAUUACAUGCACCUCAGGCACCGCGAGGGGGCCGAUUUGGGUAAUAUCAACCUUAUCUCGCGGUCCAGGCCCGCCCAGAUGCUGAGCGAUUACAUGCGCCUGAGGCACCGCGAGGGGGCCGAUUUGGCUACGGAUAGGUCCAGGCCCGCCCAGAUGCUGAGCGAUUACAUGCGCCUGAGGCACCGCGAGGGGGCCGAUUUGGGUAAUAUCAACCUUAUCUCGCGGUUAUUACGGUUCUUUUUCGCCGAAUUAUCAGCUACGGAUAGGUCCAGGCCCGCCCAGAUGCUGAGCGAUUACAUGCGCCUGAGGCACCGCGAGGGGGCCGAUUUGGGUAAUAUCAACCUUAUCUCGCGGUUAUUACGGUUCUUUUUCGCCGAAUUAUCAGCUACGGAUAGGUCCAGGCCCGCCCAGAUGCUGAGCGAUUACAUGCGCCUGAGGCACCGCGACGGUGCCGAUAUGGCGAUGUUGGAGGAUGGAAAUAUACGAGGCACGCCGAGUUCGAACCCGCCCCUUUGCCUCGAGUUCAUCAGGAUAGGACUCCACUGCACUCAGUACAACCGACAGGAGCGUCCGACCAUGUUGGAAGUCUACAAGCGGCUGGACAGUAUGAACAUACCGGAGAAUUAC